ACCGGAAGUAAAUACGGUUCGGCAGCAGUUCCCGCGUUUGGCAGAUUUUUCAAUCACAACUUGGACGUUGAUUCAGCAGCCAGUCAUUCCGGAUAUGGAUGACCUGUAUUUAGACAAUAUUGAUGAAUUUGUGAAUGAUCAAAAUAAGAUCGUCACUUACAAAUGGCUCAGUUUAACUCUUGGAGUCCACGUGAACACAGCAAAACAAAUGUUGUAUCAUUACUUGGACCAGAAACGCAGGGAAAGUUCAGGGACUCCCCUUCAUGCCACCUACCUUGUAUCUGGGAAGUUAGUUGAGAAUGGUAGUACGUGCCAUAAAGUGUCAGUAGUGCGUGAGGACAAGCUUGAAGCUGUUAAAGCAAAGAUGGAUGUGACAUUCAGUGUGCAUGUCUACAGUGUGCAGAGAGCGGAGCUGAAGGAUAGUUCUCCACUUUACAGUACAGAUUAUGAUGCUGUUAAGGAGAACCUAAAAAACUGCAACAAGUACAGUGCUAUACGCUGUGCUGCGGCAGUCCCCAUGUCAUCUGUAGAACUGCAGAGAGCUCAGGAGGUGGCUUUGGUCCCUCCAGUGGAGAAGGAAAUCGAUAAACCUCGCAUAAAUGAAAACACUUCUGCUACCUCAAAAGCUAGUGCUAAGCAGCCAGCAGGCAUCAUGGGAAUGUUUGCAAGUAAAAAUGCUUCUAAGAGUCAAGAAUCCAGCAAGGAAGUGAAAACAGAGCAGAAAGAUGAUUCUUCCCUGGUUGAAACCUCAAAAACCAAACCGGCCUCCAAAGCGAACCCUAUGAGUAACUUCUUUGGGAAGCCUGCCCAAAAAAAGGUAGAUGAAAAACCCAACAAAAACAACAAAAGCAUCAAAGAGGAGACCGACGGUCACUCUGCAACAUCGAGUACUGCAAGUGUGAAACAGCCGUCUCCCAAAUCGGAGUAUGCCGUUAAAGAGGAACAAUCUAAGGAGUCCAGUGCUUUGAAAGUUGAAUCAAAAGACACUCGGAAUAGAUCAAAGCGUUCUGAGGUUGUGGACAGUGAUGAUGAGAAAAUGGAGAAGCAGCUGAAAAAAAGACGGCGUAUAAAGAAACCCCAGCCAGACAGCAGUGAUGAUGAAGUUGUGCCAGAUUCUCCACCUGUGCCAACCAAACAGGCUCCCAGUCCCAAAAAACAAGUGAAGAAGGAGCCUGUUUCACACCAAGAGAUCUCAGAGGUGAAGAGGAGGAAAAGAAGGCGUGUUUUGAAGUCUCACACGUUUGUUGAUGAAGAGGGUUCCUUUGUGACCGAGAAGGGUUAUGUGAGUGAGUCUUACUCUGAGAGUGAAGAGGAGCCUGAACCCAAAAGUCAAGCCAAGGACUCAAGUUCACUCAAGCAGUCAUUUGGAAAAAAGGAGGAAGAGAAAAAAGAAAAGAGUCAGAAGAAGACCUCUGCCACUAACAAAUCUACAAAACAGCCAUCCAUUAUGGGAUUUUUCCAGAAGAAAUGAUUUAUUUUUCUCAUUCUUUCAUGGACUUUUAAAGGAAUAGUUCACCUGUAAAUGAAAAUUGUAGUUAACUACUCACCUUCAUGUUGUUCCUAUAUGUAUAUAAAAUAACAAGAGUGAAGAAAUGACAAUUUUCAUUUUUGGGUGAACUAUAUUCCUUUAAACCACUUCAUUUUUAGCUGUGACUUUCCUAUGAACCACAUAGUUCAUGAUGUUUGUCACUGAAAGGCCCCUCAUAGACAAUCUCGCUUGUCACUCAAAGGCCCCUCAUAGACAUUGACAUGGAGUGGAUAUGAACAACAUUGAUGUGCUGACUAUCACUUAACUACAUGCUGGAUGUCCUUACCGAAAUCAUUUGGCCAACCUCCAUUACUUGACUAUUUCUUUACAAAUUCAUGUUCCAUAGGUUUAUUUGGUCAUUGACUGGACAUUUUCUAGAAUGUUGCUGGAUAAUAAAUAAAAGUUUGAAAUAAUUUUUCUUUUUGUUUGGAUUAAUAUUCUCGUAAAAGAAAUGAGUGCUUUAGCCAGAGAUUUCAUGAGUUAUUAAGUCCAUUAAAAAGCUGUUCAAUGGUCAAGAAAAA